AUGAGCAUGAAAAUCCUCAUUACCGGCGCGGGCGGCUUUAUCGGUCAAGCCCUGACUAAAGAGCUCUUGUCAGAUACUCAAGUCUCAUCAAUCACUUUGACCGAUGUGAUGAAGCCACCUGUGCCAUCGAGCGAAAACAACCCUAUAUCAUCCCCCGAGAUCGAUUCCCUCGCUGCAGAUCUUACCUCGCUAACAACAUGUCAAGAACUAUGCUCAUCAAAAGCCUUUACACACGUCUAUCUUCUCCAUGGAAUCAUGUCCGGUGCCGCAGAGGCAAAUCUCGAGUUAGGGUUAAAAGUCAAUGUAGACUCGAUGAGGCAUGUGAUGGACACUUUGCGCACAGUUCGACCUGGUAUUCGAGUUAUAUUCCCAUCGAGUCUUGCAGUCUUUGGACCAGCGGAUCCAUUAAAACCAGAGAAAGUCACCGAGAACACGAUACCGCUACCGCAGUCAUCUUACGGAGCACAAAAACAAAUGGGAGAGACUCUUUUGAAUGAUUAUUCGCGAAGGGGUCUGCUUGAUGGUAGAAUUGUGCGAUUACCGACGAUAAUUGUUCGUCCUGGUAAGCCGUCAGGUGCAGCGUCUAGCUUCUGUUCUGGUAUCCUUCGSGAGCCAUUCAAAGGUGAAGAGAGUGAAUUACCCGUGCCCACAUCGUUGAAUUUGUGGGUUUGUUCGACGAGGACGGUUAUCAAGAACCUCAUUAUCGCCAGAGAUAUCCCAACAGAAGCAUUCGACAAGGUCGUGGCACGAGGAUCUUCGAGAAUAGUCAAUCUACCUGGUAUCACAGUAACUGUUCAAGAGAUGCUAGACGCUUUGCUACAGGUUGGUGGCGAGGAGGUGCGGAAACUCGUCAAGGAGGUUCCGGAUAGCUCUGUUGAGAGUAUUGUUGGCUCAUGGCCCGCCGAGUUUGAUAUUUCGCGUGCGACUCAGCUUGGAUUCCAGCAGGACGGUGAUCUUGUGAAGACGAUAAAGGAAUACUUGGAAGACUACGCACCGAAAAAGUUAUGA